AUGGGCCCGUGGCGUGAGUUGGGUGCCUCUGCCUACCGUGGUAUGGAGCUGGAGCGGGACGGCACCUUCGAACAGCCAGAGUCUGCCGACAUCCAAAGCAACUCUAGGAAGUUGACGCGGGUGGAUUGGAAAGGGCGAUUCCAGCACUUUAAGCACAAUAUACCCACUUUUUGCACGCCAUUCGGUGGUCAUGAGAUCACCUGCGUGGCACACCCGGACGAGGUGGCGUACCUAAGGUGUCGCCUCUGCACGGAUGUGGUGCGUGCCAGCACGCAGGGAGUCUACCUCGAGGUGGAGGUUGCAACAAACCCCGACAACCUCAGCAUGGCGGUUGUGGAUUUCGAGGCAGGUGGCUGCAGCAGCGUGACCUUCAGCCCGGACACCGGGGCAGUGAUUCGGGAGCGGAAGGUGCGUGAAGCCCCACGGAAGGUUGAAGGUGCAUACAUCCAGCCCUUGCCAACGGUGACAACGGGCCGUCCUUUUCAUGGGCUGAUGGGUCUCUACCUGUGCAAGGACAGACUGGCGUUCUUCAGGAGGUGCCAGGUGCCGGCGGCGCCGGUUGAAGGUGGCGCUCAGAGCGAUUCAAACACACCGCCAGGGCUGGCAGGUGGCAGGUUCUUCCCGCCUCUCCGCGGUCGACCCGAGCCAGACCGAACAGAGAUGGGGCCGUGGGAGACCACGGGCUUUGUCUCCGACUUGGACUGGGCAGAGGGCCGUCGCCUGACACCAUGCCUCGCCUUCCGCGAUGAGGGCGCCUACCGCGUAGCCUGGCUCGUUUCGAAAGUCGAGUCCAGGGGUAAACUGCAUUCGGCUGCAGAAGCAAUGGUCGGAUUUCCACAAGAGCUUUUCGGAACCCGGUGA